CGCCGCUGAGCCCGGCCGGCCCCAGCACGCCGCCCGGCCGCCCCGAGGCCUCGUCCUCCUCCCAAACUUUGCAAAGUCGGCCCGCGUCCCCACCGCCCUCGGCCGCGCCUCGCCUCGGAGGCUCGCCUCGCAGCCGCAGCGGCCCCGCGAGGAGGAGGAGGAGCCGCCGCCGCAGCAUCAAAGAGACCGAAUUCCCGCGGCCUGGGGGGGAGUCAUGCUUUGCGGUCUGUAAUGUCAGCAGAACAGGAGAAGGAUCCCAUUUCGCUGAAGAGAGUUCGAGACACAGCACAAUAGGCAGCCCGGAGGGUGAGAAAGAAACAGCCCCUGUCAGAGACCACGAACGAUGCCCUCCACCCCCGCCUCAAAAAAAAGUGGUGAUAGCGGACUGGAUGGGUUAGGAGGACCAGGUGUACAACUAGGAAGCCCAGAUAAGAAAAAGCGCAAGACAAAUACCCAGGGGCCUUCUUUUCCUCCAUUGUCUGAGUAUGCUCCACCACCAAAUCCAAACUCUGACCAUCUAGUGGCUGCUAAUCCAUUUGAUGACAACUAUAAUACUAUUUCCUAUAAACCACUACCUUCGUCAAAUCCAUAUCUUGGCCCUGGUUAUCCUGGCUUUGGAGGCUACAGCACAUUCAGAAUGCCACCUCACGUUCCUCCAAGAAUGUCUUCCCCAUACUGUGGUCCUUACUCACUCAGGAAUCAGCCACACCCAUUUCCUCAGAAUCCUUUGGGCAUGGGUUUUAAUCGACCUCAUGCUUUUAAUUUUGGGCCACAUGAUAAUUCGAGUUUUGGAAACCCAUCUUAUAAUAAUGCACUAAGUCAGAAUGUUAACAUGCCUAAUCAACAUUUUAGACAAAAUCCUGCUGAAAACUUCAAUCAGAUUCCUCCACAGAAUGCUAGCCAAAUAUCUAACCCUGACUUGGCAUCUAACUUUGUCCCUGGAAAUAAUUCAAAUUUUAGUUCUCCAUUAGAAUCUAAUCAUUCUUUUAUUCCUCCCCCAAACACUUUUGGGCAAGCAAAAGCACCACCCCCAAAACAAGACUUUAGUCAAGGAGCAACCAAAAACACUAAUCAAAAUUCCUCUGCUCAUCCACCUCACUUAAAUAUGGAUGACACAGUGAAUCAGAGUAAUAUUGAAUUAAAAAAUGUGAAUCGAAACAAUGUCGUAAAUCAAGAGAACAGCCGUUCGAGUAGCACUGAAGCUACAAACAACAGCCAUGCAAACGGGACACAGAAUAAGCCACGACAACCUAGAGGUGCCGCAGAUACAUGCGCCACUGAGAAAAGCAAUAAAUCCUCUCUCCACCCAAGCCGUCAUGGGCAUUCUUCUUCUGACCCAGUGUAUCCUUGUGGAAUUUGUACAAAUGAAGUGAAUGAUGAUCAGGAUGCCAUCUUAUGUGAAGCCUCUUGUCAGAAAUGGUUUCAUCGGAUCUGCACUGGAAUGACUGAAACAGCUUAUGGCCUCCUAACAGCAGAAGCAUCAGCAGUAUGGGGCUGUGAUACUUGUAUGGCUGACAAAGAUGUCCAGUUAAUGCGCACUAGAGAAACUUUUGGUCCCCCUGCAGUGGGCAGUGAUGCUUAAUCACAGGCAUUAACUACAGUGGUUUUUUUCCCCUGUGUAGUACAGAGGUUCAGUGACACAGGAUUUUAAUGUUUUACAUUAUUUUUUUAAAUGCACACACAAAAAAAUUAUUUACCUUUUAGUUUUUAUUAAUACACCACUUCGUUGCUAGCGCAAACUUUGUAUUGUUUUUGUUUGCUAUCUUAAAUAAGAAUAAUGUAUAUGGGGGUGCAUUAGAAAGUAAUAUACAAAUAAAUUUUAGUUUGUAAUCAUGAACAUAAAAGCCUCUUGAAGCUUCAAGAUAAUAUAUAGCAAAUGUAGGCAAGUUUUGACUUUUAAAAGUUAGAAUCAUUGAAAAAUGUAUCAGUUGACCCUUGAACAACACAGGUUUGAACUGCAUGGGCCCACUGAUUUUCAAUAAACACAUACUAUAGUACUACAUGAUCCACGGUUGAUUAAAUCCCAGGAUGUGGAACCACAGUUUUGGGGGGCUGACUGUAAAGUUGUAUUCACAUUUUUGACUGUUAGGGGGUCGGCACCCCUAGCCCCCGUGUUGUUCAAGGGUCAAGUGUAUUCCAGUGCUGAACUUUGGCAAUAUCAAAUUAAAUAUUUAGUUCAAAAAAUAUUUGAGGAUCCAUUUAACAUGUUUUCAGAAAGAAUAUAUGUACCUAAAACAUGGAAGAAAGCAUACAUUUUAAUGAGUGUUUUAAAAAAUAAUAGAGUAUGACACCAGAUUCGUCCCAUAUUAGGGUCCUUGAAAUUAGUGACCUUCAUAUUAUCAACUCAGUCUUUCCAGGAUGUCUGUUUGUACAGAUAUGAGACAGAUGUUAGCAUAUAGUAGAUGUUCAAUAAGUAUUUGUUGAUUAACUUGUGGAUUGUACCACAUGAAAUUGCUAACAUUAGAUCAGUUGAAAAUUGACUACAAUUAGUAGAGUUGUCAUAAAGGAUGUUUUUAGUUGUGCUAUUUAGAAAUAUAACAGUAUUCUCUUCACUCUUCAAUUUGAUUAUUGAGUUGUUUUGUUAUUGUUUUCCAGAGAAAUAAAUAAUACAGUAUCCUCAGAAGAAUUGUGAAUACUUUUCUUAAUAUCAUUUCAAACCAGGGACAUAUUGCAAAUGAGAUAGGUAGAAACAUCAAUUUGGCCUUAGAGGGCUCUGCUGGCAAAAGAGUGGUGGUUUGAAAAAUCUUGUUCUGGGGAUCUGAAAAUUAAAAAUGAGCCUCAGCGGAGUUCAAAAUCCAUUUUAAACAAAGAUCAAUUAAGAGCCAAGAUGAGAGCUUACUCACAGUUCGAGGCCCUUCAGCAGACAGGAGUUUCGGCUGUGACUGGGGAAAAUGUAAAAAUGGACCUGAGAGUAUUCUCUUGAGAGAUAACAAGAAUGGAGACAGUUGGAGGUGCACUCAUUAAGAUUUGAAACAACAGAAGCCUGUUUUUGGAGCGGAUCAUAAACUGUGACCCAAAAAAAGGAUUCUAUAUGACAAUUGAUAAUAAUUUAUACAAUGGUUGGAUGUUGGUAAAUCUCCCAAACUUGAACCAUCAUUGUGACCAAAAAAGUUCUGAAGACUAUGUGGUGACCUGCAAAAGGGAUAAUUUAAACCUUGGUGAAAUGACAGCAGCAGCAAUAUUGCCAAGAAAUUUAAAUUAUGCAUGAAAAUUUUGAUUAUAGUCCUUCGGUUAAUAAACAUGAACCCACACUUUUACAUGACAGCACUGGUGUCACAUGUCACAAGCCACUAAAGCAAAGUUAAUUGAAUUAUUCAAUUCUGUUGUUUACAGUGUAGUCACCAGAACUUUAUCCAGUGAACUGGUGUAGUUUUCAUCAUUUGGAGAUUUUUCUAAGAAACUUCAUAUUCUCCAAUUGAACAACAGUAAUUGGAGGGUUUGAACAGUUCAUACAGCCUAGCAAAUGAUGAAUUUUAUAAAAAUGAAAUAUUUAAUGUCCUAUUAGAAGAAAACUAUUAAUGCUUGUGAUGCAUAUUUUGAUUGAAUAAAACUUAUUUUUUUAAGUAGUGUUUUAAUUUUGACCUACAGAAACAGCAAUUUCAUAUGGUACAAGGCAAUAUAAGGUUUUCUCCAUUUACCUGUGACUAGUUAGAGAUGAGUACAAGAUAUUUUAAAUAUAGUUGUAAUAUAAAUGUCUUUAUAGUUUUAGGAAAUGAAAUGAUAUAAACUCUAAUACUAGGUACUCCUUUGUGUGAAAACUUUACCAGUUGGAGCAGGUUAAAAUGCAGUAGUUUGGGCUGACUCUUGACAUUUGGUAUGUUCAGUAGCAUCUCGAAGAUCACAUUUUGCUUACGUUGUAGUUUUUGUUAAAGAUACAUAAUUUUCUAAAUGUUUAAGGACCUACUUAUGUUGUUUUUGAAAUCCUAGUGAGUGCAGAUUUUUAAGAUAUGAUGCACUGUAUGCUAUAUGCCUAGUUCUAGCAUCAGAUCAUGGUUUUGUUUUUUUUUUAAUGACUGAAUACAGUUAGGUAGGUACUGAGUAGAACCUUCCAAUGUCUUCAGGAGUUAACACUUUACACGGUAGUACUCAAGUUGUGCUCAUUGCUGAAACUGAUUAUGCAGUUUCUAAAGCCCUCUAUUGCUUACACUUUGAUUACUUGUUUUGUGAAAAUGAAAUAACCUCUCCCAACUUAGUCUAAAAAUACUUGAUUUAUAAUGUGAUUCUUUUAUUUUCCAUUUCCAAGUAGUUGUUUUUAAAAACUUAACAAACAAGUGAAUUUUUAUUCUUGUAUUUAGGUCUUAAGAGCACCUUACUUAAAUACGAAUCUGUUAAAUUUACAGAAGAAAAACCCGUGGUUGAUUCUAACAGUGAAUCGUAGGCAAACUACAAUCAUAGCUGAUGAAUGUUUUCAUGUAUUUGAAUUAAUUUUCUUACUAGUUCCACAUUUGUCUCUACGUAACACUGUCAGAAGUUAUCUAGAGGCUUUUUGGUAGGGAAAGUGAUGAACUAUAAGAAUGGCCAGAUACUAAUUUGCCUAAUGUGACUCAAAGAAGGCUAUGAUACAAGUUGAUAUGGCUUUCUUAAGACAAGUGACGAGCUGCCCUAAACAUUUAAAAAGUAUUCAGGGCUUCCCUGGUGGCGCAGUGGUUGAGAGUCUGCCUGACAAUGCAGGAGACACGGGUUCGAGCCCUGGUCUGGGAAGAUCCCACAUGCCGUGGAGCAAAUGGGCCCGUGAGCCACAAUUACUGAGCCUGCGCGUCUGGAGCCUGUGCUCCGCAACAAGAGAGGCCGCGAUAGAGGCCCGCGCACCGCAAUGAAGAGUGGCCCCCGCUUGCCACAACUAGAGAAAGCCCUCGCACAGAAACGAAGAUCCAACACAGCCAUAAAUAAAUAAAUAAAUAAAUAAAUAAAGCACACCUAGUAUAGUGUAAUUAAAAAAAAAAAAAAAAAAAAAAAAAAAAAAAAAAAAAGUAUUCAGUGAGGAAAACAAAUGCACAGAGGUGGCAUAAUCUUCCAGUAGCAUCGCACCUUUUUUGGUGUAAUCCUUUUCCAUCACUGAAAGGCCUCAUCUCACAUGCACACAUAUACACAAAGACACACAUACGUGCAAUUGAGCAGGAAAACUUGGGGUUUCUCCUACAUUCUCAAGUUUUGCCAAAGUUCAACCUGGCUGUCAGCAGCUAGGCUCUCUCACCAAGGCUAGGUUACUAGAAAGUUUUAAAGUGUCAGUUCCUUUCUCAGAACUUGCUUUGUUCAUUUCACUAGAGAAUUCCCCAUCCACUUGCUUCUAGAUGCUACUGGACUCCCUAAUGCAGGAACAGCUUAGCUUGCUAGAGAAAAAUAAAUUAUUCUUCAGAUAGAGUGCUUGGAAUUAGAUUUGUGAUCCAUGUUUUCCUUUCGUGUGAAAUACUGUAGCAUACUGCUAUUAUGAUUCUUGUUAUCCAGACUAGAAGAUUAUGUACAUAAAACUGAAGAUUUUCUUGUACUAGUGCUUAUUCUUCAUAGGUGAACACAGUAUAAAGAAAACCAAUUUGUGUGUGUGUGUGUGUGUGUGUGUGUGUGUGUGUGUGUGUGUGUGUGUUUAGACUCCCAACUCUGCCUAGUGGUAGGAAAAAAACUUCAAUAAUAGGUUACCCUGAAAUCUGCUGACUUUAAUCAUCCAGAUAAAAUAUCAGGAGUUUUCUUCUAAUAUUCUUUUACAUUUGUUUGUCUUGAACAAACUGAGUGCUAGUACUUAUUGUCCAACAUACUAUAGUAAUUGUAUGUAAUAGUAAAAUAUAUAUAUAAGCAAUGAUUUUUAAAGGGAGCUCGAGAGUUUUUGGAUUUCUUUUUUGCAGUGUAUAAAGGUUUCAUAUGCAUGAACAUUUGUGCUAUUUAAGAUUUUUUUAAUUAAAAAAAAGUUUAAUUAAAAGCAUCCAGAUUCCCAAAGUUCAUUUGUAAAUAGUGGUUUAGAACUCUGUAUAAGAUGAUUAGAUCCUUAGGGAAGCUCAUAAAGGCUUAUUUACACCAUCAUGUAGUUAACAACAGUAUUGUAUCAUACUGAGUGCUCAGUCCUCUUUAGGGAAUCAAUCAAUGUAGGAAGGAGAAAGUAGCAGAGGUCUUUCCUUUUUCCUGAUUUGGUUCAGGAAGGUUGAGUUGUUUGGUGUGUUUCCCAGUUGCCCUCUUCCCGUCCUAAACUCUCAAGUGGAAUGCUGUAUAAACCAACUUGCCUUUUGCCUUCCUGGAUGCUCUGUACUUCAAAAUUUCGUAUCUUUCCUCUAAUCAGAAUUCUCAUUUCUUUGUUGGCUGUGGUUGGCUAGAUUUUAAGGGGACAGUCUUUUGCAGCAAGAUUUUAACAAAGAUAAUGAAGUGAGAUUAAAUAUCUCUUUUUUUAAAGACUUUAUUCAGAAUGAAUCUUCAAUAUCUUUGAUUUCAGACAAUAUGACCACAUUUAGGCACCAUGGAAAGCAGUAUUUUUAUCAAAUUGACUGAUAGGUUCUUGAGAGUACUUCCCAAUCUCCUUUAGAUUGUGGAGACUUUUCACAAUUUCUUUUCCUCUACUUCUGAACUCAGAGAUUUUCUUCUCAUUUCCAAAUUUUAGCAACUUCCCCCUUUUCUCUAUUCCAUUUAUCCGAUAAAGCAGUAUAGAAGUUAUAUCUGUAAUUUUCCAACUCUUGGUACAGUGAUGGGAGCUUAGAGGCACCCCUGGAGUAAAGGGACUGGGGAUGGGAUUAGUAUCUCCCAAGACAAGUGGUCUAGGGCAAAUAAAGGGAAGAAAGUUUUUAUUGAAGACUUUUAAUGAAACCCAAUGGAUAAGCUUCGUCUUUGUCAUAUUUUGUUGAAACACAUUACUUGUAAUUAUAUUAAAACUUAUUCUAAAUACCUGUACUUUUCUUGUUCUGUAGGUGAUGUAGAUGAUGUUGCUUGUUAGUUAAAAUAUCUUUUAUAAAAGAAAGUCCUGCUUCUUAUCAUGAUGUAUGUGACUUAAAUGACUGUUUCAUAUUAAAACUAUUUCUUCCUUAUGUACUGCUUACAUAUACCUCUUUUUGGGAUAUUAGUUCAGUACUUUUAUACAAAUCUGAGUGUGUUCCACAUUGGUGACAUGUAUUUUUGCAGUAAAUUUUUGUUUUGUUCUUAGAGCAUGUUUAAAGUAACACAUGCACUAGUGCUGUGAUCUGUGGCAAAAUUACUGUAAUUCAAAUUGGAAAAUAAAAUGUUUCCAGACUUUGUCCAACAUUUAUUCCUAUGGCAAAGGAAAUUACUAUGUAAUACUAAUUAUUUCAUAUGCUGGUAUGUUUAAGCUACUCUAUGAAGUAUGUGAGACAUCAAUAUUUAUGGAUUAGUAGAUGGCCUGAUGUCUUUGAAAUGGGAGAGAGGGGUAAAAUUUGGUGUUGGCAAUUCAUAGCACUCAUAAUACAAUAAAUACUUCUUAAAAAUUUGAUCUUCCUCUUACAGUUAUAAUUUACUAAGGAAUUAUCUUAAUUGACAGUGCAUAUUCGAUUUUUUUAGCCCAUACCAUUAAAAUUAUAUAUUAGACUUUGAACUUAUUCUGAUGUCUUCCAACCAAAAAAGAUAUCAUUUACUCCACCAUAACCAAGAUAAGUAGUCAUAUUAAUCUUCAUUUAUUAAUAAACUAUUAAAAUACCAUAAAACUCCUCUAAUUACAAUUUAUAACCACUGAUACAAGACUUGAAUGUUUACUUUGUAUUAUCUGAUGAAAAGAUUUGUUAAUAAAAGUCAUAAUCAAAAUUUUAAAGAAAAAUAUUUAAUCUUGGGAAAAUUUUAAGCUUUUUAGAGGCAUUUAUUUCAGAAUACUAGUUUAAAAGCAUUCUUUUGUCAUUAAACCUUAAGUACCCAAAAGAAGCGUAAUAGAUACUUGGAAAUUUGUAUAUUUGAAAUUACAUGCUUAACAGAAAAAAAAAAAAAGAAUGCUUGUGAGUGCUUAAACUGCAUAUCUUUUAAAAUAUUCAAAUUUUUAGACAUCAAUUUAACCUGAAUUAACAAGGUUUUACUAUAUCAGUGAUGUAUAUUACAAGAUUAAUGUCUACCAGUGUUAUGCUAAUGAUCUUUCUAUACAGCAUCAUUUUUGGCAUGGUUGUUGUGGUAUGUUUUGUACAUUUGAUUAUUGGCUGUUGAUAGAAUUGACAUAGCAAUAAAUCUGAUUCAGUUCUUAAAUUUUAAAAAAUGCCAGAUACGAUACUGUGUCAUAAUCCCAUUAUACUUUAUUUGAA